AAACCCCCGCUGGAAAACAUGGCUGCUCCGGCCGCUGCGCCGGCUCUUGCGCCGGCUCUGUGCCCGAGCUUCGCCGUGGUGUGCUCGUUCCUGGAGCGCUACGGAGCCGCGCUGGACCUGCCCGAGCUCUCCUUCCCGGAGAUGGAGCGGUUCCUGCGGGACAGAUCUGCAGUUCCACAACCUCUUGUCGAGCUCCAUGUCAAACUGCUACGCAAACUGGGCAAGACAGUGUCUUCAGAGAGAUGGGAAAAGUAUCUGGUCAAGGUGUGUCAGGAGUUUAACAGUACCUGGGCCUGGGAGCUAGAGAGUAAAGGCUACCCUGAGAUGCCCAUGGAGUGCAAAGCUGAUAUCCUUAAGUAUUUAUGUGAAUGCCAGUUUGAUGACAACGUCAAGUUUAAGACAGCAGUCAACGAGGAAGAUCCAGACCAGAUGCGCUUGCAGCCUAUUGGUAGAGAUAAGGAAGGGCUGUUGUACUGGUUCCAGUUGGAUCAAGAUCAGAACGUGCGGGUUUAUGUGGAGGAGCAGGAUGAUUUGGAUGGUUCUUCUUGGAAGUGCAUUGUCAGGAAUAGGAAUGACCUGGCAGAUAUUUUGGAGGCACUUAAAGGCAAGAUGGACCCACCAAUGACAGACCAGGAGCAACAAGAUGGUUCUUCUGGUAAUCCAACAGAACAGGAGAAGGAGACGACAGAGAAGAUCUGUUCCAGUGAUAACAUCAAAGACAAGAAGAGAGCUGGCCAAGCAGACUGUUCAGAUUCUGAAGAGGACAGCAAACAGAUAACCAUGAAGAAAGAAGAAGAAAGCCUGUCAAUAAAUGAAAAUAUUAAAAAGGCGACUGUUCCUCUUAUUAAACUAAAAGAAGAGCGAAAGGAUGAGCUUAAAGUGAAGCCUGUUGUAACCGAAAAGCCACCUACAUUAGAGCAUCCUCUUGUUAUAGAUAAUAGAGUUAGCACCAUUAAGAGCCUGGUGAAGGAUGAGCCCAGGGACUCUCCGAGACACUGGAACGCUAUCUCCGUUGUGAAGUCUCCGGGCUCUCUGAAGCAGGAACUUCCAACAAAGACUGAGGCUUUCAGGGACAAGAAAGCUGAGGACGUGGAGAGGGCUAUAAAAAAUGACCAGCAGGCGAAGAUACCUCUGAAAAAGAGGGAGCUGAAGAGGAGCGACAGUUACGACAGCAACCAUUACAGCAACAUAAACCACAAUAAUAAUAACGUUAGCAACAACGGGAGCGUUAGCCUUGGGGGUAUAAUCGUUCGUAAUCCAGCGGUUUUGGCACUAAGUGAUCAGCAGGCUGGGCGUAACAUGGAACUUGGUGGCGAAAAUAAGACUUUAAUGCCUAUGGCUCCUUGUAUAGGUACGGGAAACCUGCUUAAACCAAGUUCUGAACCAGCUACGAGAGAGCAUUACGUAGGUAUUGGAGUAAUUAUGGGCCCGGUUGAGAGAAAUAGAGCGUUUGACCAGCCUGAGAAUUUGACCACUCCUACAAAGGACCGAAACGGCCUUCACGGAGAUGGUAAGAUCAAGUUUAAAGCUGAGAUGACACCGGCUGAGAAUAUAAGACAGUCUGUUCUAGUAAGAAAACCUAGUCUUACACCUGAAAAUUCCAGUAUUCAUCAUUCCAGCAUCAGUGAAUCUAAAAUUCAUAAAAUAGAGCAAGCCGAUUGUGAGGAUUCAGCUCCCGGAAAGGUUUCUGUAGGUGAUUCGGAUGAACCUUUGAAUUUUGCAAUGCCAAAAGUUAGCGAAACAGCCGUUAAUGAGGUGAAAUCUGUGAUAAAAGUUAUUCCAAUUGAGCAAAGCUCACCUAAAGCAGUGGCCACACUUGAAGAAGCGGUCACGUCAUCCACAUGUGGAAAUAUAGAAGAAGAAGAAGAAGAAGAAGAAGAGGAGGAGGAGCUAACGGAAAAGAAAAAGCCUAAAAUGACAGAGCAAACGCCGCAAAGUGGACAAGUGGAAGCUAUGCAAGAAAACAAAGGCAAAGGAUACAAAAGCUCAAGGAAACGAAGAUCAGAGAAGACAAAGGUCAAAAUGCAACCAGGAGAAGCUCCGAAUAAGCUUCGCUGUGAAGGUACGACAAAUAACGACGAUGAAGAAGUGUCGUCAGAGUUACAAAAAGAGGGAAUUCGCCUAAAAAUCAAGAUCCCGCUGCACAGACGCACGCCCAAGCUCCAGCUGGAAAGAGCCAGGGACGACCUGCAGGCCUCAGACCGGCGUUCACUCCGGAGGUCAGCGAGAAUCUGCAGGCCCAGUCCAAAACUGGCCGAAAUUCAGGUCAGGAAGCGCGGGAAGAAGCAGGCGACGCCCCCUGCAGCACGCGAGGUCGAAGAGCACAAAGAUGAUGAAGCAGAGAAAACGCUUCCUAAGAGGGACGUUGCAACCAACCAGGGUCCGAUCAAGUCUGCAAGGGGUAAGCGGCGGCACCGGCGAGCUCGCUGGUCAAAAACCAAACUGAAAAAGCCAUGCAGAGUGGAAGUGGCUCCACAGGAAGAUGUGGUGCCGGAGAAUAAACCGGAGGGAGCGGAGGAGAAAAGCGAGUCAGAGUCCGAGCCCUCGGAAGAAGCUCCGCCCGAAGACGCCUGUAAACACUGCAGCCUCCCGAACCAUCCUGAACUGAUUUUGCUGUGUGACCUGUGUGACAGUGGAUACCACACGGCCUGUCUGAGGCCUCCUCUUAUGAUCAUCCCUGAUGGAGAAUGGUUCUGUCCUCCCUGUCAGCAUAAGCUGCUGUGUGAGAAGCUGGAAGAGCAGCUGCUGAAUCUGGAUACAGCGCUGAAGAAACGUGAACGAGCUGAGAGGAGGCGAGAGCGUCUGGUGUAUGUGGGCAUCAGUGUGGAGAAUAUUAUACCCAAUCCUGAUGCUGAAGUUGAGGAUAAAAAGCAGGAGAAGAAGAAAGAUGCAAAGAAGAGUAAAAACCUGGAGAGGAGAUCCACACGGCAGAGAAAGUCUAUUAGCUACAGGUUUGAUGACUUUGACGAAGCCAUUGAUGAAGCAAUAGAGGAGGACAUACAGAACUCAGAGGAAGGAGGUCCUGUGGGGGGUCGUGGUAAAGAUAUGGCCAACAUCACGGGCCAGAAGGAGAAGGAAGUGGAUAAAGAGAACCGGAGGCCUGUGAAACCUGCUGCCCCUCGCAGGAGGAAACGCCGCCGGCGACUCAACGACCUGGACAGCGACAGCACUCUGGAGGACGAGGAGAGCGAGGAUGAGUUUCACCUGAGUGACAGUAUGGAGGAGGAAGAUUUUGUGGUGUCGGGUGACGAUGCAGCGAGUGAUGGGGACGCUGCCUCUUGGGACGGGAGCGACUGGGGCAGCGUCACGAGCAGACCUGGCCGUCUACCCCUCCCCAAAAAAACAGCCCGAAACAUUCGAAACCAGCAAGUCAAGAAAACCACACGGAAAUCCACCAGACGACAGAAAGGAUCUUCAGAGGAGGAGGAGCUUUUAGAAACGGAGGAGGAGGAGGAGAUGGAAACCGAGGGCUCCAGCGACUUCGACGACAGUGAUGUGGACAUGAGGAGACGGAGGUCACGGCGACAGAACGCACAGGUUAACUACUGCGAAACCUCCGAGUCUGAGGGGUCACACAAAAUCUCCAAACAGAAAACUGCCCAACCACGCCGCAGACGACUGUCCAGCUCCAAUACGUCGGCUGUUUCCAAGGACUCUGAACCAGAGGAGGAGUCUGAGAGGAGGCCGAGGGGGAGGAAACGGGAGUCGACCAGAGAAGACUCCAAACAGAGGCACAAACCGCUAACCCUGAAACGACCCCGGAGUUCAAGCGAGGAACAGGAGGGGGAGGAAACGGGCGAGGAAGGAGAGAGCGAAUCGGACGAGGAAGAGCGGCCGGUACGAAAGAGGCUGAACCGCAUCGAGACAGACGAGGAAGAGGAGGAGGAAGAGGUGGAGCGAAGGCCGAUGAGAAACGCACACGGAAAACGAAGGAGUGGAGCUAAAGACUUCAGCCAGCUGCCUGCUAGGGCGCCCCCUAGAGGAUCGGAGGGUUUAUUGCCAAAGCACACGGGCCGACACGGCGGGACUCCUCACGGAAGGCACAACGGCCUGGUUCCUCCGAGGCCUACAGCUCAGGAUGAAGACGAGGAGGAGGAGGAUGACCUCACGGCCGUUACGGACCUUGUUAACUUUGUUUUUGACAGUGAACAGUUGUCGUGAUUGUGCUGAAUAGAUUUAAUAUAUAAUUUUUUUUUCUCAUGGCCUUUCACCAGUGUCCACCGCCCAGGUGGGUUUCCCAGUGUCGGUCACCAUAAACCUCCUGUUUUAUUUUUAUUUUUAUUGGGUGUACUGGACCAAUACAUACGACAGCGCUUUAGGGCCUCUGUUAUAAAGAAAACUAAACAGUAGACUUUGAGAGUAGAGCCAUAAUAUUUUAAGAAUAAAGUUUUAAAAUAAUAUUUAGAGAAAAAAAUGAUAAAGUGCUAUUGCUACGAGGAAACUCGUAAUUCUUUUGAGCAAACAAGUCACAAUAUUCCAAUAAUAAGGUUGCAAAAUUUGAUGAUAAUGUGGUAUUGCUACAAGAAAUAAAAUUAUAUUUCAAGCUUUAAAAAUAAAUGAAUUAAAUGACAACGCUAAAAUGGUAUUGCUAGCAGGAAAAGUUACAAUAUUAUAUCCAGAGAGUUACACAAGUAACAUAGUGUUAAAAUGUGCAAUGCUGAGAAUUUGGUAGUUUUAGCAUCGGUUUUACCGAUCUCCUGGACCAGCAGAAGAUUAUACUAAGAAAAAUCUGGUGCUGGUGGUUUAGGAGUAUUUCUUUACUGGUUUAUUGCUUUAAUGAUCUGAAAGUAUUACUACCUAAAUCCUCAACAUCUUAAAAGUGACUUACCUGUUAGUAUUCCUCUUUAUUUUUAAAAUAUUACAAUUUUAUUCUCAAUAAAAUUUCAAAUCUAUUCUCAAAAUAUUGACUUUAUUUUCAAAAUGUUACGUCUUUAUCCUCGAAGUCUACUAUUUUUAUAUAUUUUAAACAGUGGCCCCAACACGCUGUAGUAAAUACAAGCUUCCAGAGGAAUGCCAUUGUGUCUUUUCACGUGAUGUCCGAAUGCACUCUAGUUUCUUCCUACCAUCCCAGCAUCACAGCAUGCACACACACUUACACACACACUUACACACACACAUCCAUAUAUACAGAUAUACCCAGGUUUAGUACAGGGUCCCAGUAAAACACAUUUACAGAUAGCUGUUCUUCUGAGAGAUAAGCACUAUGUAAUUUAAGGCCAGUAAAACGUCAUCUGUAUUACAGAGGCUUCUAUAUUGUCCUAUAGAGACACUUUACACUGUACAUUUUCAGGCUUGUAUGUUACUGCAUUUCAGAUUGGUGUUUUAGAGAUGUUUUUAGUUUUAUUCUCUGUAAAAAAGAAGAAAACAAAAAGAAAAAAGUUUUUAUAUGAAAGAGAGGGUCUAUGGGAAUCUGCUCAGCAGUUUGAAAUUUGACUUUUGUUCUGUUGAAUUGUUUUAAAAUUCUCAGAAAUUAUCAGUAAUUUUGUUUAUUCAGAAUCUUGUUCAUUCAAAGCUAACUUUAGUGACAUUUACUGACACGUUCUGCCAUUGGAAAGGUAUGAAAAUGAUUUAAAAUAGUGCCCCGGGAUCCGUAAAGGCGCACAGUUUAGUCGAAGCUAAUUUAUCAAAACAGCUUUACUGACAUAGAUAGAUUUUAUAACCACUUUAUUGUAACAUGCUAUGCUUAACGUUAAGUCUUACUGCUGUCUUUUUACAGAUUACAUUAUUUCAUUAAGUCCUAAAAGGACUGUACUGAAGAUAUUUAAAUAUAUAUAAUUUUUAUUAUUUGCCCAAAAUUAUAGUAAGUCUACGAGGGCGGUCCAUUUGAUACACUCUGUGUUCUCUGUGGCACACAUUUUCUGAUUUGUGGGUCAAUUUCAGUUUUCCAGAAGGUUCCCGGACAGGGAUUAAGCCUAGCCUUGGAUUACACAGCAUUCUGAUUUAAAGAUUUUUAAUUAGAAGAAAAAUGUAAUUUAAAACUAAGGUUAAUCUCUGUCUGAAAACUAACCCUAAAUUUUUAUUUUAAUAGAAAAUCACCAUGUUAUAUGCUGUGUAGUUCAAGACUAGGCUUAAUCCCUGUUUGGGAAACUGCCUCAUAUGGUCAAUAAGGCUUAAUCUCAUUUGGUCAGUUUGCCAGACAGGGAUUAAUCAUAGUCCUGAACUACACAGCAUAAUAAAUGGAAAAUUUUACACUGUAUGGAAGGUAUAGUUCAAGACUAAGCUUAAUCCCUGUCUUGGAAACUGACCUUAAAUUUUCCUUUCAAUUGUAAAAUCUCCUUUUAAAUUUCGGCGUAGUCCAAGAUUAGGUUUAAUCUCUAGAGUUGAUCCUUUAAUCCCAUAGGGGCAGUCUCCAAGACAGGAAUUAGGCCUAUCUUUGGACUAUACAUCAUUUUAAAUUGAGAUUUUCCAUUAAAAGAAAAAUAUAGUCUACAAAUAGGCUUAAUCCCUGUCUGUAAAACUGACCCAUAAUGACAACUAGGCCUAAUCCUUUAGGGUCAGUUUCCCCAGACAGGGGUUAAGCCUAGUCUUAGACUAUGCAACAUUCUGAAUGGGGAAAGUAUCGUUUAAGACUAGGCUCAAUCCCUGCCCAUUUCAAAUGAAAAUCUCCAUUCAGAAUGCUGUAUAUUCAAAAACUAGGCUUAAUCGUUAGGGUUGAUCCUUACGGGCAAAAACUUAGCUUAAUCCCAGUUUAAUAAACUGGCCCUAAAUUUUCCUUUUAAUGGAAAAUCACCAUUUAAUAGUGGUCCCAGACUAGGCUUAAUCUCUAGGGUUGAUUUUUAGGAUUCCUAUUAAUCCCGUAUGGUAACUUUCCAAGACAGGGAUUAAGCCUAGUCCUGGGUUACAUGGCAUCCUGAAUAAAGAUUUUCCAUUGAAAGGAAAAUAUAGUUCUUAAUCCCUGUCUGGGAAUCUGACCCUAUAUUUAACUUUCCAUUGAAAAUCUCCAUUCAAAAUGCUAUGUAGUCCAAGACUUUGUUUAAUGCUUAGGGUUGAUCCCUAAUCUCGAAAUCUCUAAAAAGCCAAGUCUUGGACUACACAAUAUGAACUAAAUAGAGAUUUUUCACAGAAAGGAAAGUAUAGUUCAAAAUUUAGCUUAUUCCCAGUCUGGGAAACUGACCCUAAAUUUUCAUUUUAAUGGAAAAUCACAGUUUAAUAGUGGUCCCAGACUAGGCUUAAUCUCUAGGGUUGAUCUUUAGGAUUUACCUUAAUUCCAUAUGAGUAAUUUCCAAGACAGGGAUUAAGCCUAAUUCUGGGCUACACAACAUCCUGAAUGGAGAUUUUCCAUUGAAAGAAAAAAUAUAGUUCUUAAUUCCUGUCUGGGAAACUGACUGUAUAUUUUCCAUUCAAUUGAAAAUCUCCAUUCAGAAUGCUGUAUAGUCCAAGACUAGGCUUAAUCCUUAGGGUUGAUCCCUAGGCUCCCCUUAAUCUCAAGGUUUGUCUUGGACUACACAAUAUGAACUAAAUAGAGAUUUUCCACUGAAAGGAAAGUACAGUAUUUUUUUUUCUAACCAGUAAUCCCAGUUUGGGAAACUGACCCUAAAUUUUUUUAAAUUGGAAAAUCACAGUUUAAUAGUGGGCCCAGACUAGUCUUAAUCUUUAGGGUUGAUCUUUAGAAUUACACUUAAUCCCAUAUGGUCAUUUUCCAAAACAGAGAUUAAGCCUAGUCCUGGGCUACACAACAUCCUGAAUUGUUUUCUCUUUAUUUCUUUUUUUAAAUAUAUAAAGUAUAUAAAGUAUAUAUAACGUGCCUGUACACUUGCCCAUGGGCUGACCUAAAAAAUAAUAAUAAUAAUUUCAAAUUUUCUAGAAUUGAAUGCACUUGUCCAAGCACCUUUGGCGGUGCCAGGUGUUCCGGCACUGUCCGCAGCUGUUCAUUCUGCACUGAAGGUUUUGAGUCUCUUUCAGAAGCACUUUAAAAGAGUGAAGUGUUGUUCAGCCCCGUUCAUUUUAUCUGAUGUCGGAAAACAGAACACUACUAAACCAUUCCAGCUCACACCACGUGAAUACGGCCCGUGUAAAGCCCCUCCCCCGUGUCCCAGUGAAAGUGUAAGGGAGGAAAGAAUGUCUGUGGGAGGGUAUUUGGACUGGAAUGAGUGUUGCCUAUGUUUUACUGUUCAUGUUCGGUCUCCGUACUUAAAGAAAACAAAACAAAACAUAAAUAAAACUUGACGAACAUA